CAACCACAACAAUCUCUCUUCUCUCCUUGUUCGUCGUCGCCGUCGUUGCCCAACGCCGCCAGACUUGUAGAAAUAUCCACUAAUGGCCCCAGUCAAAGUCACCAAGAUUUGCUGCAUCGGUGCUGGCUAUGUAGGCGGACCGACAUGCGCUGUCAUCGCCCUCAAAUGCCCCCACAUCCAGGUCACGAUUGUUGACCUCAACCAAGCGCGUAUCGAUGCAUGGAACAGCCCCGACUAUAAGCUCCCCAUCUAUGAACCCGGUUUGGUCGAUGUCGUGAAGCAGGCGAGAGGCCGAAACCUCUUCUUCUCCAGCGAUGUCGACAAGGGUAUCGAGGAGGCUGACCUGAUCUUCGUCAGUGUCAACACCCCCACCAAGAAGAGCGGUGUCGGUGCUGGUUUUGCUGCUGACCUAAAUUACGUCGAACUCGCCACCCGCAGAAUCGCCAGUGUUGCUACUUCCUCCAAGAUCGUUGUCGAAAAGUCGACUGUGCCAUGUCGAACCGCCGAGUCGAUGAGGACCAUCCUCGAGGCCAACUCGAAGCCCGGCUGCCGAUUCGACAUCUUGUCCAACCCUGAAUUCCUUGCAGAGGGAACUGCUAUCAACGAUCUGCUCCAUCCCGACCGUGUCCUCAUUGGUUCUCUCCAGACCGAGGAGGGCCUCAACGCUUGCCAAUCACUUUGUGAUAUCUACUCCAACUGGGUUCCCAAGGACCGCAUUUUGACCGUUGGUCUGUGGUCAUCUGAGCUCUCCAAGCUCGCGGCCAAUGCUAUGCUCGCCCAACGUAUCUCAUCUAUCAACGCCCUCUCUGCCAUCUGCGAGGCUACUGGUGCCAACAUCGACGAGGUGGCGCACGCUAUCGGCUAUGAUACCCGCAUUGGUCCCAAGUUCCUCAAGGCUAGCGUCGGCUUUGGCGGAUCGUGCUUCCAGAAAGAUAUCCUUAACCUUGUCUAUCUUAGCGAGAGCCUGCACCUCCCCGAGGUUGCUGCUUACUGGAAGCAGGUCGUGGAGAUGAACGAGCACCAGAAGAGGAGGUUUGCCAAGCGUGUGGUGGAUACCAUGUUCAAUACCAUCACUGGCAAGCGCAUUGCCGUCCUUGGCUUCGCCUUCAAGGCCGACACUGGUGACACCCGUGAAUCCGCCGCUAUCACCCUCAUCCGCGAUUUCCAAUCCGAGAAGGCCUACGUUAGCGUGUUCGACCCUCAAGUCGAGGAAGAGCAAAUCUGGCAAGACUUGCAGGAGGCCAGUCCCUUGGUCCCUCUGGAGCAGAUCAAGAAACAGGUCACUGUUCACAAAUCGGCAAUGGAAGCCUGCAAGGGCGCCGAGGCCGUUGUCAUUGCUACCGAGUGGAAGGAAUUCCUUCAGAUCGACUGGGAGGAGGUCUACCAGACCAUGAACAAGCCUGCUUUCGUCUUUGACGGACGAUUGCUCCUCGAUGCCGACAAGCUGAGGAAGAUUGGUUUCAAGGUUACCACCAUUGGACGACCUUGAGUGCGUCAUGAUGCAAGGUCGAAGAUUUGUUGCUUCCAUCACCCACACGUUUGUUUCUUCAAGACGCCUUUAAUAUCCAUAGAAUGACGGUUUAAUACCUUUGCCUUCGGACAUUGAUACGCAAGUAAUUCAUUCACGACCAUUUAUCUUAGAUACCUUCGUUGAUUACCCUUUUGUUGUUGGAAGAAGGACUUGAGUACUGUAGUAGUACGUUUUCUGUUGUAUGAAGGAGUGUUUGAUAGAUUCGUAGAGUAAAGCCUAAUUGCAUGAAAUCGAC